AAUAUGACGUGUUCAAUACGAGAAAAUGUUUUGGUAUUCAAAUCGCUUAAUUAAGAAUCGCUUUAAUUUUAGUCAAUCUAUGUUUUUGAUAGCGAUCCAAUUUGGUUCGGUAUACGUUUAGUAAAAAAUUGUCAAAACAAACAUUUGAAGAACGACUUUCAAUCGACAAACAAUCGGAGAUAUAAUUCAAAUAGCCCGGUCAUCGCGUUAACUUUAUCGUUUUGUUUGGGGGAAAAAAAAAGAGAAAACACAAAAAUUUUAUCUGGUCCGAAAUCAAAACAAAUCGGAAAUGGAUUUUUUCAAAAGUGGAUUGAAAAGUGUGUUGGGUUCGCCUGAGCCUGGAGUACAGCCAAGUGGUGCUGAAACAGUUGAACGAUUAGUAGAUCGUGUUUCAACGUCAACGCUGCUCGAAGAUCGUCGUGAUGCGUGCCGUGCUCUAAAGUCAUUGUCGCGUAAAUAUCGUGUUGAGGUCGGUGCCCAGGGAAUGUCAGCACUCAUACAAAUCCUCGAAAUGGAUCGAAGUGAUUGCGAAAUUGUUGGCUAUGCCCUGGACACACUGUGCAAUAUAACAUCACAAGAGCAAUUCGACGAAGAAAUGGACAAUCCCACCGUAUCAGCAAACAUUGGAGAACAAUUCACCGAAAUGUUUAUAAAAUCGCCCGAAAAUGUGACGACCGUCUUGAGUUUUCUCGAAGAAAUUGAUUUCAAAGUACGAUGGCCGGCUAUCAAAUUACUUACAUCACUGUUGGCCAAUCGUCAUAAGGACAUUCAAGACAUAAUUUUGGUGAGCCCAAUGGCCGUAUCAAAAUUGAUGGAUCUAUUGGUGGACACACGUGAGGUGAUUCGAAACGAUGCCCUUUUAUUGCUCAUUGAAUUGAUCAAGGGCAAUGCAAAUAUACAGAAAAUUGUUGCAUUCGAAAAUGCAUUCGAUCGAUUGUUCGAUGUGAUACGUGACGAGGGUUUUUCGGAUGGUGGGAUCGUGGUGGAAGAUUGUCUUAUUUUAAUGAUUCAUUUAUUGAAGAAUAAUUCAAGCAAUCAGCAAUUUUUCAAAGAAGGUUCCUACAUCCAACGAUUGGCUCCGAUGUUAGUGCUUCCACCAGAGCUCGACGAAUCCGGUUGGACACCGCAAAAAGUAUCAAACAUGCAUUGUAUGCUACAAAUUGUCCGCGCUUUAGUUAGCCCAAUCAAUUCACAGAUCAUCAUAACCUCAUGUCAAAAAACGAUGCGAAACUGUGGCUUGCUGGAAACAUUGUGUAAGAUUUUGAUGGGAAGUGGGGUGCCAUCAGACGUAUUGACGGAAACAAUAAACACAGUUGCCGAAGUAAUUCGGGGUGAUAAUGAAAAUCAAGAAUAUCUCAAUUCAAUUUUGGCGCCCAGCAAUCCACCACAACCGGCCAUCGUUGUUCUUCUCAUGUCAAUGGUAAACGAUAAACAACCAUUGACACUACGUACUGCCGUAUUGUAUUGCUUCCAGAGUUUUCUCUAUAACAAUCAAAUUGGCCAAAUAAAAUUAGUUCAAACACUAUUGCCGACAACAGCAAGCGUUACAACGUUCACAGCCGGUCAAUUGCUGUGCGGUGGUCUCUUUAGUGCGGACGCGCUGUCGAAUUGGUUUUCGUUGGUCUCUCUCAUGCACGCGCUCAUCGGAAAUAAUGAGCAGAAACAACAAUUGCUUCGAGUUCUAUUGGCCACAACACCGGGCAGUGAGCCAAUUUCAUUGCUUCAACAAUGUACGACUUUAUUGCAAACCAGCAACUACAAACUUCAAUCGAAACUUGGCAUUUUGAUGUUAUUGUGUACAUGGUUGCACGAUUGCCCAUUGGCGGUUAAGUCAUUUCUUAAUACUCCAAACACAACGGCCUAUCUCAUUUCACAAAUCAGCGCCAACGAACAUGAUGACAAUGAAUAUUUGGUGCAGAGUCUGUGCGCCUUUCUCAUGGGCAUGAGCAUUCAAUUCAACGAUAAUUCUGUGCAAAAUUAUCAACGCGAAGACUUAUGCCAAUUGGUUAAGAAACGAAUUGGAUUGGAAAUAUACACGAAGAAAUUGGGUGAAGUGACAAAGCAUGAAGCAUACAGCCGAGCCGCUAAAAUACCACAGAUUCGAGCCAAGGGCGCUUCGGAACUACUAUUAGACUAUGAAUUUUGCAAACUAAUUAAGAAUAUUGAAGGAAUCAUUGUGAAAAACUUUACGGACAUUGAGAACGUAACAAAUUCGCCAGAGCAUCAGAAUGCAUCCGGGGUCAUAAGUCAAUACAAAGAAAUCAUUCGCAGUCAAGAUUAUAAAUUACAAAAUCUUCAAAUUGCGGCAAAGAGAUCCGAAGAAGAAAUUGAAAAUGUCAAGAAACAAUUGGCUGAGGUGCAACAGACGAAUGCACAACUAUUUGACCAAAAUAUUUUGCUAAAAGCACAGCUGGCAGCAGCCACCAAUAGUCAUCAAAACACUAAUUCGACGAAUAAUAACAAUAAUAAUCAUGUGAAUUCGACCAAUGAUGUCGACAUGUAUAAAACGGAAAAUCAUCGACUCGAAGAAGAGGUAAAUAGUUUGAACGCCAAAUUGAAUGACGCUCUCGAAAUGACCGAACAAAGUUUGGGAUUAACCGAAAUCGGUAAAUUGAGAAAGGACCAAGAGGAUUUACUUGAACUGCUGACCGAUCAGGAAAACCGAAUCAAAAAGUAUCGACAACGGCUUAUAAAAUUGGGGCAAACUGUUACUGACGACGAGGAGAGUGGUGACGAGGAUGACAAUAAAUAAAAACGGUUUUCAAUUGUUAAAUGAAAUCACCCUUCUAUAUAAAAGUGUAUAAAUAAAUGUCAAAAAUGUGCAAACAUCUGUUACUAUUCUGAAAAGAA